GUUCCGGGUGUCAAUAGGCUGGUGGCUAACUUUAGCUGAAAAGCAAUCUCCGCUUCAGAUUCUUCAACAGAGUGGAUUGACAUAAAUCCAGGAACAAGAUGGACGGUGAAGAGAGAACCUACGGUGGCUGCGAGGGGCCAGACGCCAUGUAUGUGAAGCUGAUCUCCUCAGAUGGCCACGAGUUCAUAGUGAAACGAGAACAUGCCUUGACAUCUGGGACUAUCAAAGCCAUGUUGAGUGGGCCAGGUCAGUUUGCUGAGAAUGAAACCAAUGAGGUGAACUUCAGGGAGAUUCCAUCCCACGUCUUGUCCAAGGUGUGCAUGUAUUUCACCUACAAGGUCCGCUACACCAACAGCUCCACAGAAAUCCCUGAAUUCCCCAUCGCCCCGGAGAUCGCACUGGAACUGCUCAUGGCUGCAAACUUUUUGGAUUGCUAAAGUUUCAGUGAUCAUGUAGAAGCUUGAAACAUUUUUGGAUUUUUUUAAAUAUUUAACUUGUUUUGCCAUGUACAUCAUAUGAAACAUGAAUGAGUAUAUAAAACCACGAGACGUUGUUGUUCUUUUUUGCACCUGGCUUUCUGUUUGAAUUUUAUUAGUAUUAAAGAAUUUUGUUUUAAUAAAAUAAAAGGAUAUGACAGGCUGCACCCCUUCCCCAAGAAUGUGAUAAAUGUGCCCCCUGCCCCAAAAAUCUUUGUUCACCUCCAUCUUAAUAAAAGACCCGUUUGGUGA